CUUCAAAAAAUUCCUGUUAUGGGAAACCUAAAUUUUCCGUAAUGUUAUACGGUAACAUUAAAGCCAUUAUAGGAGAAGAACUAGAAAAAUGGUUACGUGAAGUAGUAAAGCUUCCAUUUAAACAUGUUAUCAAAAAACCACAUGUUGGUUAUGCUCAUAUACACUUCUCUAGUCACGAAAACGCGAGUAAUUUCUUCUAUACCUAUAAAGACAUCAUUUUUGAUGGUCCUAAAGGCAACAACGUUAAAAUAAAAGAAUCAUAUUGUUUUGGUAGAUCCAAAGUGAAGACAACCACUGAAGAAAAUUUAAGUCAGUAUAAUAACAAUAAAACCAAGGCCAUAACCCAGGGAGAGUAUAAUGGCAACGAUCGAGGUAAAGCCGUAAUUCAGGAAAAAGGUGAUGACUACGAUCAGCCAGAAGCCACAAUUCGGGAAACUGUAAUUCGAGAAAGACGUAAUAACGAUUGGGUAAUUCUUGAUAAUAAGACAGACAAAAAGAGAAAGUUUGAUGCUGUAAUUGAUGAAGAAUUUCGUGAAGAUGCAUAUUAUAGAUUAUUGCCAUCAUGCUUAAAGCUAGCGAAGCAAUUAUGA